AUGGAUUUCUAAUAUCAAACGUCUUCUGAAGAAUAAGUUAGAGAAGCCAUUGUAGAAUUGUACCUGAACGUGAAGAUUCGUUCGACCGAGGAGAUAGCUAACUUCAAUGACGACAUGAUGGAGGAGGAGAGAGAACGGCUGUACAGAGUGGAUAGUUUGGAGGUGUUAGACUAUGUUAAGUAGUCAGUCGAGAUACUUAUGAACAUGAAGGGGGAGGAAUUCGAAAAUUACUAGAAGAAUAAAGAGAUUCAGGAAAGAAUCAAAAGGCGAGAGGAGGAAAAGUUGGAGCAGCUUAAAAAGCAAAAGCAGCAAUAGCAAUAAGAAGGACUGAAUGAAAGCGAAAGAGUAUAAUAGCUGCAGCAGAAUAAGGGGAGAAAUAAUAAUAGGUUCAUUCUGGACACAUCUGUCUACAGCUCACUGUCGCAGACUGGCUAAGUGAUGUCUCAGAAGUCCAUACCUACCGACUAUGAGAAGAUGAUACAAAAACUGGAGGGGGACAUCAGGAACCACAUUAGAGUGGAGUAGCAGUUAAAGCUACAUAUAGAGUCCAUCUAGAGCCAGUUAGAGGAGCUGCAAAGACAAUCUGAGGACAAGCAUAUCCAGGAAGACCCACAGGUCAACGAGUUGAAGGUGCGAAUGCUUGACAAGGAGAAGUAAAUUUUGAAGUUGCAACUUGAAUUACAAGAAAAGGACAGACCUCUGAAAGAAAAAACUGCAACUAUUGUUAAGCUUGAGGACAAAAUUAGAGUAAUUGAAAAGAAGUACAAGGAGGAAUUGGAUGGACUCAAGCAAGAGAUCGUCAAUUACCAACAGAUGGAACAGCAAAAGAUAAAUGAGGACAAGAUUAGGGAGCUGUAGCUAGAUCUUAACAAUAUACCUGGUGGGAAUAUUAGCAUGCUACAGAAUAAUGGUGGUAAUAACAUGAUAAUGAAAGGCUAGCAAAGUAAUAGCUUUGGAAUGGGCACAAGGACUGCUGGAGGCACACAGUCAUUCACUUAAAAUGAAAUAUCAUAAGCUAGUGGCAGAAAAUAUAAUGGCAUACAGGAAACAUUUAGAAGUAAUUAAAACCCAACCAACAGGACAUCAAUAGAUCAGUUUUGUAACUCAAACCUUGGUAUGUAUAACUACGGCUCAAACAUUACUAACAAAUUCAAUUCAAACUACAAUGAUGUGAUGAACAAAACUCCUAGUACGAGUAAUCAUAAUGACCUGAGUAAUCUAGAUUAUUUGUCCACUAACAACGGCUUCAAUCAAUUUUAGGAUACACCCUUAACUGGUCUAAAUGAUGUCUAUUAACAGAGUGCUACUAAUAAAGAUCAUCAUAACAUAAAUUCAAUGUCGAGAAAGAAUAUGGAGAAGAGCAAAUUAAUUCAAUCUUGUCUCCUAAGAGGCAAUGUCAGUAAGAAGGAGCACAAGCGCAGUCAAUCAAAUGCCUCCGAGAACUAUCCUACUUAGUCCUCAAACAACAAUAAAAUUAUUAUAAAUCAGCAGCACUACUUCACUGACUCCAUCAAGAUCUAUUAAAAUGAUGCAAGUAUUAACAACAAGUUCCAACAUCCUUCUCCACUUCAAUAGCCUUCAGCCAAUACAUUAGCUGGUCUGCCCUUGGCAGCAGCUUCUACCAACUUUAUUCCUUAACCUCUUAAUGCUAAUAACUUUACCUAGCCUUAGACCUCAAGAUAAAAUUCAAUGGAAUCUUCCAAACGUGGCAGCAAGCUUAAGAAGAGACAGCAAAAGACAAAGUAAUAGGCAUAGACUAUAUUUUAGGGAGGCAUGAUCAAUCCUUUGGCGAGCACAGGAGAAGAGGACUAGAACACCAUCCUAGCUAAACUGGUAUCUUAAUAACCAAUAAGUUCAUAGAGAUAUAUUUCAGCGAAGAGGGGUGCAGCGACUACCUCAUUGGGAGGGGGAGGACCGUCAUCAACUUUGAAUAACUUUGUGAUCAUGCAACAGUAACAGCAUCACUUGCAGAACUCGCAACUUUAGAAUAGUCUUGGAGGAAACCUGAGUGCAGCAGUCUAGUAGCAAAAGUAAAUGAGCUUAAGUGUGAGCAAGAACCUGAACAAGAACAAGAUCUCACAGACACAAGUAAAUUCAACUAACUCCACUCCCUCUAAGUUCAAGCAUAAUAAGCAGAAUCUGAUAAGACUAGCUUAGCAAAAGAUGAUGCAAAUGCAUUAGCAACAAUAGACUCAGCAGAUCCAUUAACAGACAUUGCUGGUCCCAUAGCAGUCGAUCUUGACAUAGCAUUCAAUGGUGGGUACUCAAGGCUUUAGAAGAAAAAAUAGUUCACAUACCCCUCUUAGAUGUAAUAUCAAGCAAAUGGUGAGCAAUAAUGUAAUGACACACUAGAAUGUUCUGACAGAGGCUAGUAGUAAUGGUGGGUUGCUAAGUGGAAACAAGCUUUUCACUAUGGUUUAGAAUAACCUAUUUUAAUGA